AUGUGAUUUGAUAAGCGAUUUUGAGCAAGUGCAGUUUAGUUUUACUUCAACCGGCAUCGCAUCCAGUACUGUGUGCUAGGAUGUAUUUUCUAACUGUUAUCACUUUGCUGGUCGUAGCCCUAUACAACACGGAAGCUAACGUCAUAAAGCAACUACCAGAAGCGUGCGAUGGGGGUUACUGUUUGCCGAAGCAUUUAUGCCCGUCGGGAACAAUCGAAGAUGUGCCUACCAUGGAACGAAACAAUCGUUUGACGCUGCAAGUUGAUGGGCCGAACGAAUGUGGAGAUUUCAUGAAGAUAUGCUGCAAAGGGCCGUCCAGUUCGUUUGAAAACAUUCCGACCUCAAUGUAUGAAGUAACACAGGGCGAUUACAAGUGCGGCAUGUCCAACCCGGAAGGUUUGGUGUACGAUGUGGAAUCGAACCUUACGUACGCGAAGUACGCCGAGUUCCCGUGGACUGUAGCCAUUUUCAAGAUGUCUUUCUCCUCCAACAACAUCGAGCUGACGUACGUUGGUGGAGGAACUCUUAUACAUCCAAAGUUUGUGGUGACCGCAGCUCAUACGCUGGAGAAACCUCAUCGAUACGUAGCUCGGUUUGGUGAGUGGAACAUUCAGUCCGAUGCAGAAAUCUAUCCAUCGCAGGAUAUUGGAAUAGAGGAACACAUUCUUCACCCAUCGUUCGGUAACACAUGCACACCCACCAACGACAUAGCACUGGCUGUGCUGAAACAGAGCGUAAUCUACACGGACCACAUCCGUCCAAUAUGUCUGCCAACAGCGCAGGAUGCACUAGAUGCUGAGCGGUGUAUCGCUACCGGGUGGGGUACAGACUCAAGGACCAAACAGUUGCCACCCAUUAUGAAGCGCGUAGAGUUGAACGUUGUGCCGCGUGGCCUUUGUCAGAUGCUGUACCGGUUGGCGGAUGGAGACCAAUAUUUCGAUCUUCAUCGUAGUUCUUUGUGUGCGGGUGCGGUGGCCGGGCAGGAUACGUGCGAUAAAGAUGGAGGUACACCGAUGGCUUGUCCAAGGGAGGAUGGAUCUUACGCGUUGGUGGGCAUAACUUCCUGGGGCCUUGAAUGUGGCCGAACGGAUGCACCGGGCGUGUAUGUGGACGUGUCGAAAUUUGUCUGUUGGAUAAACAAUACGAUAGAGGGGUACGAGGAGUUACAUGCUGAGGAAUAGUUAUUUAGCUAUUUGUCUUUGUCAUGUUCGAAGUGCUCGAUGGUAAUAAAAUUGUAGACGAAAUAAAUGUGGAAGGAUACUUCAAAUAUGCUAUAAAAUUUAAGAUAA